UUCUAACUUUAUGGUCCAGAGCCACCUUGAAAAUGUCCGUCUGUGUUGCUGCUUGUUCGGGACGGGGGAUUUCGCCUGGAAAUAAUACACAUUUCCACUUGAAGAAGACAAGCCACAUAUUCUAACAACCUAGAGGUCCAAAUAUCCUCAGGAGGAGUGUUGGGAGUUGGUUGUAUCGAAGCUGGCGUUUACAACCACUGUUCUUCCGUUGUGAUGUCGGGUCCCGGCUCUCAGAGAAACGUGUCCAGCAUUAAAAUCCGCCUGACAGUCUUAUGUGCCAAGAACCUCACAAAGAAAGACUUCUUCCGGUUGCCGGACCCAUUUGCGAAGGUAGUGGUGGACGGAUCAGGCCAGUGUCAUUCUACAGACACAGUGAAGAGCACUCUAGACCCCAAAUGGAACCAACACUAUGACCUGUACAUAGGGAAGACAGACUCCAUCACCAUCAGUGUGUGGAACCAGAAGAAGAUCCACAAGGGGAAGCAGGGCGCCGGGUUCCUGGGCUGCAUACGACUGUUGGCCUACACCAUCAGCAGACUGAAGGACACGGGCUACCAGCGGUUGGAUCUGUGUAAGCUGAAUCCAUCAGAUAGUGAUGCAGUACGAGGACAGAUCGUAGGUAAGACUGACUGGACACAGGGUUUCCGUUCGGAAAAUGUGGUACGGGACAACGGGACUGGGUAGAUUUUAAUGAACCCGUAUUAAUUUAUAUUCAUUAGGGAUCCAAACACAUUUAUUUAUCUUUAAC